AUGGUGAAACGCAAAAGGUGUUCUAUUCCUGGAGUUGGCGCUGAUCUCCCACAACCGACGACUGUCCCUACGAACGUUGUCUCGGCGGCCUCCAGCAUGAUUCCUCCCGCUCCGGCACCCACUCGAAGGACAAGCUCAAGGAGGGCUUCUCAAGCAGCUCCUGCAAACAUCGACACCAAUCCCAACACCAACGAAAAGAUCGAAGAUGGACCAGGAGCCUUGCGAGCCUCGCCAGAUGCCCAGCCGGGCGAACCAGAACACAGGGUAGGUAAGAAGAGAAAGACAACGGCGUCGGCCAUGGCGGUGAAACAUGAGUCAGGGGUUGCUGAGCUCGCUGAUAGCCUUGGAGGGCAGCCAAACCAUUCCACUGUUUCCAAAGCCAACUUGAAGCAAGAUGACAGCUUGAACAGGGAGGACCCCGAAGUCGAAGACGAUGACGAUGCCAAUCCCGAAGAACUCAAAGAAGUCAUGUCCCGCCCGCCCCCUGUGAACAGUUCCUACCUCCCGCUGCCCUGGAAAGGACGGUUGGGAUAUGCUUGCCUGAAUACCUACCUUCGGUAUUCCAACCCGCCGGUUUUCUCGUCACGCACAUGCCGCAUUGCGUCAAUCCUGGAACAUCGGCAUCCCCUGAGGGAUCCGUCACAACCCGAACACGCAACCAAGAACCGACCGGACAAAGAACAGCCUGCUGAUAUUGCACGGGGGCGGGCGUAUGUUGAAGCCCUAGGCCUGGCCAAUGCGCGGGACAUUGUCAAGAUGCUGCGUUGGAACGACAGAUACGGAAUCAAGUUCAUGCGCCUGUCGUCUGAGAUGUUCCCCUUCGCAAGCCACGACAUGUACGGCUACAAGCUGGCGCCAUUUGCCUCCGCAACGUUGGCAGAAGUCGGCCUUGUGGCUGCAGAACUCGGUCACCGUCUCACCACCCAUCCGGGCCAAUUCACGCAAUUGGGGUCUCCUCGGAAGGAAGUCAUUAGCGCCUCAAUCCGCGAUCUUGAGUACCACUGCGAAUUGCUCGACCUCUUGAAUCUUCCCAAGCAACAGAACCGUGACGCCGUCAUGAUCUUGCACAUGGGAGGGGUGUUUGGAGACAAGGAGGCGACCAUCGCCCGAUUCAAGGAGAACUACCUCAAACUGCCGCAAGGCAUCAAAGACCGUCUGGUGCUCGAAAACGAUGACGUCUGCUACAGCGUGCACGACCUUCUGCCUUUGUGUGAAGAACUGAACAUUCCGCUUGUCCUUGACUUUCAUCACCACAACAUCGUGUUUGACGCGGACAAAAUCCGCGAGGGCACACGGGACAUCAUGGACCUAUACGACCGGAUCAGAAUGACGUGGACCAGGAAAGGCAUUACCCAGAAGAUGCACUACUCUGAGCCUCUCCCAUCAGCGAUCACGGGGCGGCAACGACGCAAGCACAGCCCUCGAGUCGCCACUCUCCCACCAUGCGCACCCGACAUGGAUCUGAUGAUCGAGGCCAAGGAUAAAGAGCAGGCCGUGUUCGAACUGAUGCGGACAUUCAAACUGUCCGGAUUCGACACGUUCAGCGACAUGAUCCCACAUGUGCGGAACGACGAGAACAGAGCAUGGAAACCACCGAAGCAGGCCAAGAAGCCUUCGAAAAAGAGAUCUCGGAUCAGUGACGAGACGCACGCCGAGGAGGAAGAAGACGGUGAACAUGAGUCUCAAGAAGCCCUGCCGCCCCUUGUCAUCCCGGAAUCAGAAGUAGGCAUGGGCGGGCCCGAGGGCCGUGUCUACUGGCCGCCCGGGAUGGAAGAGUGGCUGCGCCCGAAGAAGCGAGAAGUCAAACCCCGCGAUCCAGAAAAGGCCAAAACCACUGCCCAGCGCGCUGCUCUCAGACGCGCAGAGAAGGCAGCGUGGCAAGCAGCUCAGGAAGCUGCCGCGGCCACUGUUGGUACAGAGGCACCAAGCUCGGUCGCGAAGCUCGAACAUGAUCAAGCCAAAAGUGUGUACGAGGUGCCCAAGGGCAAGAAGCCGGUCCGGGGCGCUCGUGCCAGCACCAACACGCGGGGAAAGAAAAGCGCCAAAUCCGUUCCCACACCCAGCACCAGCGACUUGGCCUCUGAUUUCAAUCAAGAUGACGAGGACGAGGACGAGACUGGGCUUUCGAUGGCUGAUCUCACAGAUACAGAAGAGGCCUUUGUGCCACCUCUACCGGUAUCAAAGGCCGAGCGGCAGGCACCCACGCGAACGACUGGGGGAAGACAGGCGAAGAGAAAGGCUGUUAGUUACGUCGAGGAUGACGGGGAUGACUGA